AUGGUUGAAGAUCAACGCCUCUGUAAUGAGUCAGCAGAGGUGGAUGGACAGACUGUGACCUCUUAUAUACUAAAUGCUUUUGUGGUUACUUGGUCGAUUCUGAUAAUAUGUGGAAAUCUUCUUGUGAUCAUCUCUGUCGUUUACUUCAAGCAGCUCCACACUCCAACAAACUACCUCAUCCUCUCUCUGGCUGUGACUGACCUGCUGGUUGGGGCUUUAGUUUUACCUUUCAGCACAAUAUUGUCUCUGAGCUCAUGCUGGAAUUCAAGUUAUUUACUCUGCAAAAUGCGAGGCCUGUUUGAUAUCUUACUGUGUGCAUCAUCUAUUUUAAAUUUGUGCUGUAUAUCCAUUGACCGAUAUUAUGCAGUGUGUCAUCCUCUGACAUAUAGAAGUAAAAUGAAUGUUCGUGUAAUUCUGGCCAUGAUCCUGGUGAGCUGGGCUCUUUCAGCUCUACUCGCUAUAAGCAUCACUGGACGUGGGUUAACUCAAGGAAAUCUCAACCGAAGGUGUGCUAUAUUUAUAGCUACAAAGGAAACCAGUCCUGGACCAUUUUUUGAAUUCUACAUUCCAGCUAUUAUAAUUUUAACAAUCUACUUGAGGAUUUUGAUGGUGGCAAAGAAGCAGGCGAGGCGCAUCCAGAACACGAUGAAGUCUGAAGCAGCUCUCAGUAAGAUGGAGAAAAAGGCCAACAUAACUCUGACUGUAGUGAUGGGAGUCUUCCUCAUGUGUUGGACUCCUUUCUUUUUAUCUCUAGGUUUAUACAGUAUAGGAAAAUUCACAAUACCUGUUGCUGUUAUGGAAGCAUUUAAAUGGUUAGGAUGGUCCAAUUCCAUGUUAAAUCCAUUAGUUUAUGCUUUCUUUUACAGGUGGUUCAGACGGGCCUUUAAAAUGAUCAUCUUUGGUCAAUUAUUUCAAGGAGAUUUUUCCAAUGCAACUUUGUGACACAUUUUGAUUCUAUGUGCUGAGGUGCAAUUUAACAUGUUAUCUCUUUAUUGUUCACAAUGUUUUAGUUUAACAUGGUAGAAUAUUCUAAUG